AUGUUAGCCACGAGUUCACCUAUGCGCUGUGAGUACUGUUCAGAGUUCCACAAGCUUUGCUUUUGUAAAAGGUUCGCUAAAGAGCCAAUUGAAACAAGACGUAAUUUUGUUAAGAACAAUAGUAUUUGUUUUAACUGUUUGGGUAGUAAUCAUAGCGUGUAUAAUUGUAAAAGGGACGCGACUUGCAGAGUUUGUAAGAAGCGUCACCAUUCUCUGCUUCAUAUAGAUCAUGAGGCAAACCAAUCCAGUUCGGCACAACAAUCUAGCCCUUCAACUAAUUCACCACCAAUAGUUUCUUGCUUGUCUACGGGAGAGGUGACUCGUCCUAGUCAGGUUUUAUUAGCCACUGCAUUAGUAAAGAUCGAGUCUUGGACUGGUGAGUAUUAUUCCGCACGUGCCUUGCUUGAUCAGGGUUCGCAGGCUUGCUUUGUAACAGAGGCCACUGUACAGUGUCUGAGACUGAAAAAGAUUCCUAUACAAGGUCUUAUUUCGGGUCUUGGAAAGGAUGAGUCAACCGUGGUAAAGCAUAUGGUGUAUUUGACUUUACAGUCCCGAAUAGACCCCGAGUUUGUAAUUAAAGUAAAGGCGUAUGUAUUAAAGAAAAUAACAUCUUACUUACCUGAGCGCAGCAUCGAAACCACACUGAAUUGGUUAGAUACAACGAAAUUAUUUCUUGCAGAUCCUGGGUUUAAGAACUCUAAUAAAAUCGAUAUAUUGUUGGGAGCGGACGGCUAUAGUUACAUCAUAAAAAAUGGUAUUAUUAAAAAUCCUUAUGGUAAUUUGAUUGCACAGAAUACUACUUUAGGGUGGGUUUUAUCAGGAACAAUUUCUACAGGAAAUAUGGAAAGGUCACAAAAAAUAAAUGUAAUGCAUGUACAAGUAAAUGAAGAUGAUAUCCUCAAGAAAUUUUGGGAAAUAGAAGAGCAAAGUGGUCAAAAGAAAAUACUCACACCUGAAGAGAAACAAUGUGAAGAAUUUUAUAGUUCUACAACAAGAAGAGAUGAAAGCGGAAGAUACAUUGUUCGGUUACCUUUUAAAGAAGUAGAUCUAUCUUGCAAAUCUGGAAAUUCACGUGCUAUAGCUGAAAAAAGAUUAAUAUCAUUAGAAAGAAAAUUAAGAAAUAAUAAGGAUUUAAGGGAAAAGUACUGUGAAGUAAUACAUGAAUAUCUAGAAUUAGGACAUAUGAGGCUUGUUGAAGCGAAAGAUUUGAAUAAAGAAGCAGCUGUCUACUUACCUCAUCAUGCCGUGGUAAGGGACGAUAAAUCUACCACAAAGGUUCGGGUUGUGUUUAAUGCUUCACAAAAGAACAGCAACGGAGUCUCACUGAAUGACACUCUUAUGGUUGGACCGACACUUCAAGCAGACUUAAGACACACUGUAUUAAGAUGGAGGGUGUAUUCCAUAGCUCUAGUUGCAGAUAUUAUCAAAAUGUAUCGUCAAAUCAAGGUAGCAGAAACUGAUGUCAUGUUUCAACGUGUACUUUGGCGUGACGACCCUGAAAAGGAAAUAAGAGACUAUGAAUUGACAACGGUCACCUUUGGAACAGCUUCUGCGCCUUACCAAGCAGUUCGAACACUUCACCAGGUAGCUUUAGAUGAAGGUGAAAAUUACCCACUUGCAAAGGACAAAGUUCUCAGUUGUUUUUAUAUGGAUGAUUUAAUGACAGGAUGUUACACCGUAGACACGGCAAUAGAAAUAUAUAAACAAGUGACAGGAUUAUUAGGAAAAGGUGGAUUCGAAUUGCAGAAAUGGAAUAGUAACAAUCAAGAAAUAAUAGACAAAAUAAAAUUAAUGGAAUGCAGUGAAGGACAAAUAAAUAAAUAUAGAAGAAAUAUAGAUAUUCAUAAGGACAUAGAUAUAAAAGGAUACUCAAAAAUACAUAAAAUAGACAGUGAAGAAAAAGGAGUAGAAAUAAAAAUGGAUAAUAUAAUGAAAAUCCUAGGACUUACCUGGAAUCGCAAGGAUGACACUUUCCAGUACACCGUGAAUCUUCCUCCAACGACGACUGCACCUGUAACCAAAAGAUCUAUAAUUUCAAACAUAGCUCGAUUGUUCGAUCCUUUAGGCUGGUUAGCUCCCAGUGUGAUACUAGCAAAGGUGUUCAUUCAAAAAUUGUGGCUUGCAGGUGUGGAUUGGGAUGAAAAACUUUCAACAGAAUUGGUUGAAGAAUGGAAUAUAUAUCAUAAAGAGCUAUCACUACUUACUUGUAUAAGGAUACCUCGUUGGCUUGGUACUAAAUUGAAUGAUGAGUUGGAGCUUCAUGGGUUUAGUGAUGCGUCUAAAACAGCUUACUCAGCGGUAAUUUAUUUGAGGAUCGUGGAUCACAGAGGCGAAGUACAAGUAUCACUACUAGUUGCAAAAACCAGAGUAGCACCUGUAAAACAAGUGAGUAUUCCUCGCUUGGAGUUGUGUGGCGCAGUUCUAUUGGCACAAUUGUUAAAUGAAACAGCUGAAGUCCUGAAAAUACCUAAAGACAACAUCAGAGCAUGGACAGAUUCUACAGUCGUGCUAGCCUGGAUAAAUAGCCACCCAAGUAGAUGGAAGACUUUUGUGGCCAAUCGAACAUCUGAAAUUUUAAAUAAUAUAAAAGCAUCUCAAUGGUUUCACGUUUCAACCAAGAAUAACCCAGCGGACAUUGCAUCAAGGGGAAUACUACCAAGCUCAUUACUUACCUGUGAUUUAUGGUUUCGUGGACCGGCAUUCUUAAAAGCGACUAAAUUAGACUACAGUAGACCAACUUAUAGGACUGAAGUUAAUGUAGACAUUGAGGAGUCAGUGAAGACUCAUGUAGCCUUAGUUCCUGAAAGCGGAUUAUUUGAACGAUUUUCGACGUUAACGAAAUUACUCAGAACAAUCGCGUACUGUCGAAGAUUUCUAAAACAGAACAAAAUAUAUCACGGACUAUAUUUGCAAAAGGUAGAGUUAGACGGAUAUUUACAAUUAAAAUCAAGUUCAUUAAAAUCAUUAUGUCCAUAUCUUGAUGCUAAGGGCAUUAUCAGAGUUGCAGGUAGACUAGAGAAAUCACAGUUGAGUGACCAAAUGAAACAUCCAAUACUUCUGCCGCACUCUAGUCAUAUAACUCGUCUUAUCAUAGAUGAUGCUCAUAAGAAAACAUUGCACGGAGGUCUGCAAUUAAUGAUAAAUUAUUUGAGAACAGCUUACUGGAUUAAAGGGGUCAGGAAUCUAGUUAAAUAUCAAGUUCAUAAGUGUGUUAAGUGUGCUAGGCAGAGAGCUAAAAUCCAAAAGCAAUUUAUGGGAUCAUUACCAUCUGUUCGAUGCACUCCAGCACGACCAUUUUUACACAGUGGAGUGGAUUAUGCGGGACCCAUAAACAUUAGGACAACGAAAGGUCGUGGUCACCGGUCUUAUAAGGGGUACAUUUGCCUGUUUGUAUGCAUGGUCACUCGUGCCCUGCAUUUAGAAGCAGUGAGUGAUAUGAGUACACAGUCAUUUUUGGCUGCAUUUAGAAGAUUCGUGUCUAGGCGAGGCCACUGUGCCAAGCUAUGGAGUGAUAACAGUACAACGUUUGUGGGUGCCUCUAGGGAAUUACAGGACUUAGUUUCGAUUCAACCAUCAAUAGCAGAACACUUAGAAGCUAACGGAACUGAGUGGCACUUUAUUCCUCCUCAUAGUCCAAAUUUUGGUGGUCUUUGGGAAGCAGGAGUAAAGUCUACGAAAUUUCACGUGAAACGGGUGAUUGGUGUUGCUACUCUCACGUUUGAAGAGAUCACCACACUUCUUAGUCAAGUUGAAGCUUGCUUGAACUCGCGACCCAUAAGCAUUAUUCAUGUGGAUGAGCCCGGUGAACCGUUACCUUUAACACCUGGACAUUUUCUAAUAGGGGAACCCUUAGUUAGCGUACCAGAUAAUCAACAUGAAAGUCCAAAUUUAAGCUUACUAUCGCGUUGGCAAUUUGUUCAGGGGAUGGUACAGUCGUUUUGGAAGCGUUGGUAUAAUGAAUACCUCUCAAAUUUAAUGAAUCGGUAUAAAUGGUCUUAUAUUGUUCCUGAACCUAAAAUUGGAGACAUUGUCUUGAUAAAAGAAGAUGAUUUGCCACCUAGUCGUUGGUUGUUGGGUCGCAUCUUGGAAAAACAUCCAGGUGAUGAUGGCAUAACUCGUGUAGUCACAUUGCGCACAAAAUCAUCUACUAUUAAAAGACCAACAUCAAAAAUUUGUAUUUUACCUGUAGCAGAAUAG